AUGUCUCAAAACUUGGGCGAAUGGGCCCUCCUCCACCUCAUCCCCCUUCACCCCCCGCUCUCGACGGCCAUGGCUGCUCCACACACUCCUCUUCCUGUUUCUGAACUUUUGAGAAAACUCAACGACAGCGACUUCCAACUCUUCCUCGUCAUCGAUAAAGGGCCCGCCGAAGACCUGCAUAAAUUCCAGAACGAAUGGCAUAAUCUCCUCAGUGAUGCAUUUACCAUGAUGAACGAUAAAGUGGCGGAGUAUGUCCAUUGCGCGGCGUUCCAAUUGGCAGUGGAUAUGAAGGAAAUUCGGUCCUACAUGCCUGUGAGCCGUCACGCUCCGAUUUUGGACCAGAUGGUGGCGCAUUGCUUUGAGGUCAUGCGUACCUGUCACACCCACUUUCCCCGCACCCUGAGCAUGAUGGACGAGGACAGCGCCGACGAAAUAACCCGACGCGUACGCAACCAGCUCGCCAAGGCAUACUUAUAUAACCACAAGGUCAAGUACGAUAACCCGUCGGUUGAUGUGGCCGCUUACCAAACAAUCUAUAACUCGAUCUAUGGGGGGAACGUGGGAUACAACAUCUAUGCGUUUGGGGCCGCCGCCGCAGUUCGAGCCUCGUCCAAGGUUGAAUGGGAUACCCGACCUAGCCCAGAGGACAUCCGCUUCUUCGCCUGCAACGAGGCCUAUGACCUUUGUGUCGCGUGCCGCAUUGGCAUAAGUGAAAUGCAGAAGGCUAUCAACCACGCCGCUCUGGAGAUCAUGAAGAUUGCGAAGACGAGGACGUACAAUCAAUUCCGGUACUAG